CCUCCCGAGUUCUGGGUGGGAAGGCGCGGUUCCCGAGAGCCCUUGCGCUGAUCUGCUGCAGCUCGCCGUGGCCGAGGCUGACGCGGGCUCCCGGGACCCUCUGCCUGACCCGCCUCGCUCUGGGUCGGAGGUGAGACGCCGCUUCCCCGGACCCGCGGCACGGCUAGGUCUGCCGAGGAUCCGGACCAACCCAGCCCUAGACACUGAAGGGCGUGGGGAGUCGGCGGGGUGGGGAUUGUCACCAUCCCCGGCGGGGGCGCGCGGAAUCUGCCGUCCCGGAAGAACAGGCUGCGCCGCAACGGCCGGAAGCGCUGCCGGCGAGGCGGAAGCGGCGGGUACCCGCAGGUGCGGUGGGAAUCUGCUCCGUCCACUCCGAAGACCCUCCGUCGGAGGGGCAGGGCGUGGUUGUGGCGACAUCUGUCAGGAAAAAGGCUGAAAGGCCUUUUUUGGCAGGGCCACUUACGGAAGGAAAAAAAUGUCUCAAAAGCAACUGAAGGAAGCUUUUGUCAGUAACCUCAGUGGGACCAGUGUGCUGGAAGUGACCCAGGGCCUGUGCUUUCCUGCGUUCUGUAUCCUGUGUAGAGGCCUUCUGAUCAUUCUCUCACAGCACUUAAGCUCUUUCUCACACACCUGGAGCACACGAUUCCUCAUGGACUUUGUUGUCUUGAUAGUCCCCCUAGUGAUCACUCUGACUGUAUUAUCUUCCUUUAUCUUCCUUGAGAAUCUCACUGUGAUUGUCUGUGGGGCAUGGCUGCUGUAUCAGAUAUACCACCGGAGGACUUGCUAUGCCAAAGUACCUGUUCAGAAAGUCUUUGCAGACUUCUUGAAAAUCAGCCUAGAGUCAGAGUACAAUCCAGCCAUCACCUGUUACCGGGUCAUUAACAGUGUAUUUACUGCUAUUGCCAUUUUGGCCGUGGAUUUCCCACUUUUCCCUAGAAGAUUUGCCAAAACUGAACUUUAUGGGACAGGAGCAAUGGAUUUUGGAGUAGGUGGCUUUAUUUUUGGGGCUGCUAUGGUUUGUCCAGAGGUUAGAAGGAAAUCUAUAGAAGGGUUUAGACUUAAUUAUGUUAAAAAAUCUCUGUAUUCUGUCUGGCCAUUAAUCUUCUUAGGAAUGGGGCGAUUAGUCAUUAUAAAAUCCAUUGGCUACCAGGAACAUUCAACUGAGUAUGGAGUUCACUGGAAUUUUUUCUUUACUAUCAUAGUUGUGAAAAUAAUAACAUCACUGCUUUUGAUUAUUUUCCCUUUAAAUAAGUCGUGGAUUGUGGCUGUCAGCAUCACUGUGGUGUACCAGCUAGCCCUUGACUUCACUCCACUCAAGAGGAUAAUUUUGUAUGGCACUGAUGGCAGGGGCACAAGAGUUGGCUUAUUAAAUGCUAACCGAGAAGGAAUAAUUUCCACUUUGGGGUAUGUGACAAUACACAUGGCUGGUGUACAAACAGGAUUGUAUGUGCUUAAGAGAAGAGCACAUGUCAGGGACUGGAUAAAAGCUACUUGUUGGGUUUUCUCAGGAGCUGUUGGCUUCUUCAUUUCUCUUCAUAUAGUACAAGUAAACAUAGAAGCAGUAUCUCGAAGAAUGGCCAAUUUAGCCUUUUGUCUGUGGGUGGUUGCCUCCAGCCUGAUGCUUCUUAGUUGUCUGUUACUGAGUGGUAUAGUUUUGAGUUUUGCCAAAUUUCUAAUUAAAGGGGCUCUAGUUCCAUGUUCUUGGAAACUUACACAGUCUCCUACUACAAAUAAAAAACAUUCUGAAUCUCUAAUCCUGGAAGCUGAAAAAAAAAAACCUAGUUUUUGUUUGAUCACAGCUCUUAACAGAAACCAGCUGUCUUUUUUCUUACUGUCAAAUGUAACAACUGGUCUGAUUAACCUGACGGUGGAUACAUUACACAGUGGUACCUUAUGGACCUUAGUUGUGCUCAGUAUUUAUAUGUUUACCAACUGUUUAGUUGUAUAUGUACUUGAUUUACAAGGUAAAACCACAAAGUUUUGGUGAUGAGUGGGUAAGAAAUAUGUAUUUGAACAGCAUUAUUUUAAUGGAGAAGAGUAAGAGGGGAGGAAAUGUAUUCUUAGCAGUCAAGUCUUAACCAUACUUUAUUAUGAACUUUCAGUCCCCUAUGACAGAAAUUAAACUUUACCUUUUUUUAAGGAAGACUCUUGGAUGUUUAAUACAUAUCAACAUUAUAUAAAAUAAGCCAACAGAAGUGGCACAAAGCUUUAAUCCCAGAACAUGGGAGGAAGAGGCAGACAGAUCUCUCCGAUUUGGAAGCCAGCCUGGUCUGCAUGUUGACUUUCAGGACACCUAAGGCUAUGUACAGAGACUCUCAGGAAAAAAAAAAGAAGUAAAAAAGUCUUGUUACUUAUUGGAACUUAGAAAACACCAAUCUUUUAAAGACCUUGUUCAUAGAUUUUGUUUUGCCUGGAGCCCAUAGUUGUACUCCUGCCACAGGCUCAAUGCUGGGACUUCAGGCAUGAGCCACCACACCCACUUGCUGAUAGUUUUGACACUGGAGGAUGGAAGGUAAUUUUUACUUCCUAUAUAUCAUAUGGUACUGUAUUUAUGAUUGCUUAUAUGAAUAUGUAAUUAUGUGAUUUAGUGUUUGUGGUAUAUGUGUUUACAUUAAGAUAUGAAUUUAAAAUUUUUAUGUGUAUGCAUAUUUUGUCUGUAUGUAUUUCUGUGCAUCACAUGUGCAAUGCCUACAGAAAUCAGAAGAGAAGAGGGGGGCUAGGUACCCUGAGAUUGGAAUUACAAAUGAUUGUGAGCUGCCAUAUGGGUGCUAAGAAUUGAACCUGGGUCCUCUGGAAUAUCAGCAAGUAAGUGCUCUUAAUUGCGCAUGUUCUUUCAGUUCCUUUCUUUUCUUUUUUAGUUGGGAAUCUCACUAGAUAUUUUUUUGACCUGGAACUCCAGGUUGGCUUCAAACUCAGAGAUCUGCUGUCCUUUGUCUCCUGAGUGCUGGGAUCAAAAGCAUUUUCUACCAUGCCCAACAAAUUGAGGAUUUUUCAAUUCAUCUUAAAAAAUUUUUUUUGUAUUAGAUUUAUUCAUUUUUUUAUUUAUGUGUGUUUUGUCUUUGUAUAUAUAUGGGCAUCAGAAGCAUGCUUGGUGUCUGAAAAGGUUAGUUGAGCAUUUUUUGUAAACAACCAUGUAAUUACUGGUCCUGAGUUCUCUUCAAGAGCAACAAGUGCUCUUAGCUGAUUGAGCCAUCUCUCCUGUUCCUUCAAUACUUUUAUAUGAACUUUGUCUUUUAAUAAAGUAUAGGAAUAAGAAGCAAGUGUUUAAAAC